CAAUAAUUCAAGAUUCUUUAUUUAUAAUUGGAAUAAAGAAAAGUGAUAUGAAAAUUGAAAAGUUAUAUUUAGUUUUGCACGCGCGCCUCAUGCGAUUAGGAUGAUCUCAGAUGACCUCAAGUACACAACUAAACGUUUCUUACCAACCAAAGAAAAUUACCAAGUAAUGCAUAAAAUUAUAAAAAUAAAAUAAAAUAAAAAUAAAAGUCCAUCUCUUUCUUCUUCUUCUACCUCUCUCCACUUUUAUUCUUCAAACUCUUCGUCUGCACAAAACUAUCUAUCAAUGGAGAGUUCCCGAAACCCAUCACCAAUUCCAUCUCCAAGCAGCCAUAGUUCUAUUUGUUCGACCACCACCAGCAAUGGCCAGCGCCACCGCCUAUCGCCGCCGUCACCACAACCACCUUCCGUGCCAAUUAGGAGAUCCGACUCCAACAACAACAACCCGUACCCGACCACCUUCGUCCAGGCAGACACUUCCUCCUUCAAACAGGUGGUCCAAAUGCUAACCGGUUCGACCGAAACAACAAGUCCUCUCUCCACCCGACCCGAACCCGUCAGAAACCAUAUUCCAGUAAUGAAGACCGGUCCCAGAAAGGACAAAUCCGGUUCCAAGCUCUACGAACGCAGAAACAUGAUAAAAAACUUCAAGAUCAUCAGUCCGUUGCCUCCUGGGUUGGUUAACACGAAUACGGGUUUCUUCUUCGGGUCGUAUUCGGGUUCGCCCCGACGACCCGGAACGCCGGAGAUUCUUUCCCCAAGUAUACUUGAUUUUCCGUCGCUCGCGCUCAGCCCGGUUACUCCACUUAUUCCCGACCCGUUUAACCGUUACAUAUCCGGCAACAGCAAAUUGGAUACAACGGCGGAGGAGAAAGCUAUUAAAGAAAAAGGAUUUUAUUUGCACCCGUCGCCGGCGAAUACCCCGAGAGAAUCGGAGCCCCGGCUCUUGCCUUUGUUUCCGGUUACCUCACCUAAAGUCGUCGCCGGUGAAUAUUGAGUGAGUUUUUUUCUUCCUUUUUUUUUAAUUAAUUUAAUUAUUUAAUAAUGAUGUACGGUUUCAAAUGUUAAAACCACGGAGGAAAAGUCGUGUUUUUCUGAUGUCAUAAAUGUAAUUUUGGAAUUUAUCUUUUAUCUUUUGCUUCAGUUCAAUAGAUUUCAUUUCCGUUUAUGUGUACGUUUCUUUCUUUAUUAAUUGCAGUAGAUAUUUCCGCAAAAGUCGCACUUACUUUCCGAAAGUGUUUUGCUUUGGUUGUAAUGGGAUGGUAAAAAGCGUGUUUUGCUUUGUUA